CUCUCUCUCUCUCUGUCAACCCACAGUGGCAGCAGCAGGUUCACACUGGAAACUUCAUUGCUAGGACUUCCCAGGUGAAAUUUCCAAUCCCCCCCUGCCUUUUCUCAUUUUCACGAGACAUUUUGCUGGGGAUCCUGGGAAGAUUAUUUCCUGAGAAGGCACGCUCUUGGCUGUGAUAUUAUUAUUGCAGUCAUGGCGCCCAAGAAGAAGAACGUCAAAAAGAGCAAGACAGACAUCAAUGAACUGACCAUCAUCGUGGAGGAUGGGCCCCUCAACAAACUGAAUGGUCUGAAUGGCCUUCUGGAAGGAGGGAAUGGCUUCAGCUGUGUUUCAACAGAGGUUUCUGAUUCCCUCUAUAGUCCCAAUCUCCUGGAAGGAUUAUGCAGAAUGAGGCUGGAAAACUUUCUCUGCGAUUUAAUCAUUGGUACCAAAACCAAGUCCUUUGAUGUUCACAAAGUGGUGAUGGCUUCAUGUAGCGAUUACUUCCAUAAUAUUUUAAAGAAAGAUCCAUCUACUCAAAGAGUGGAUCUCAAUGAUGUGUCCCCACUAGGUCUAGCUACUGUAAUUGCAUACGCCUACACUGGGAAGCUCACACUGUCACUGUACACUAUUGGUAGUAUUAUCUCAACUGCCAUUUAUCUUCAGAUUCAUACCCUUGUGAAGAUGUGCAGUGAUUUUUUGAUGCAAGAAAUCAAUGUGGAGAAUAGCAUGUACAUUGCCAACAUUGCAGAAACAUAUGGACUAAAGAACACCAAGGAAGCAGCCCAGAAAUUCAUUCGAGAUAACUUCAUUGAAUUUUCUGAAUCAGAUCAGUUCUUGAAACUUACUUUUGACCAGAUCAAUGAACUACUUGCAGAUGAUAAUUUGCAGUUGCCUUCUGAACUUGUUGCAUUCCAGAUUGCAAUGAGAUGGCUAGAAUUUGACCAAAAAAGAACAAAAUAUGCUGCUGAUCUUUUAAGCAACAUUCGGUUUGGCACCAUCUCAGCCCAAGACCUGGUGAAUUAUGUCCAGACUAUACCUAGAAUGAUGGAAGAUGCAGAUUGCCAUAAACUUCUGGUGGAUGCCAUGAAUUAUCACUUACUUCCAUACCACCAGAAUACACUGCAAUCUAGAAGAACAAAGAUUCGUGGAGGAUUACGAAUCAUAGUUACAGUUGGGGGACGCCCAGCUUUAACGGAGAAAUCCCUUAGUAGAGACAUUUUGUACAGAGAUCCUGACAAUGGGUGGAAGAGGCUUACGGAGAUGCCAGCCAAAAGCUUCAACCAAUGUGUCGCUGUGAUGGAUGGAUUUCUCUACGUGGCAGGUGGAGAAGACCAGAAUGAUGCCAGGAAUCAAGCUAAGCAUGCAGUCAGCAAUUUUUGCAGGUACGAUCCCCGCUUCAAUGCCUGGAUCCAUCUGGCCAAUAUGAAUCAAAAGCGUACUCAUUUUAGUCUGAACGUGUUCAAUGGCUUCCUUUUUGCCAUCGGUGGCCGUAACUCCGAAGGGUGUCUGUCUUCCGUGGAAUGUUAUGUUCCUGUAAUUAACCAGUGGCACAUAAAGGCCCCACUGGAGGUGGCUCGGUGCUGUCAUGCUAGUGCGGUAAUAGAUGGCAGGAUCCUGGUCACUGGAGGGUACAUCAAUAAUGCUUAUUCCCGGUCUGUUUGCAUGUACGAUCCUGGUAGCGACUGCUGGCAAGACAAGCCCAGCCUUAGCACCCCAAGAGGAUGGCACUGUGCAGUUUCCCUGGGGGAGAGGGUCUACGUCAUGGGAGGGUCCCAACUUGGAGGUCGAGGGGAGCGAGUAGAUGUGCUUCCCGUGGAGUGUUACAGUCCUUAUCCUGGCCAGUGGAAUUACGUUGCUCCUCUUCCAACUGGCGUGAGCACUGCUGGGGCUUCCAUCCUGGAUGGGAAAAUUUACCUAGUGGGAGGCUGGAAUGAAGUAGAGAAGAAGUACAAGAAAUGUAUUCAAUGCUACAGCCCUGAUCGGAAUGAAUGGACCGAGGAAGACGAGUUACCUGAAGCCACUGUAGGAGUGUCCUGUUGCACCAUUGCCAUGCCCAAUGCUAAGACUAGGGAAUCCAGAGCUAGCUCCGUAUCAUCAGUGCCAGUUAGCAUUUAAGGAUUUCCGAAGGGCAGGUUUAGAAGAGUUAGGCCAAACCCUUAACAAACAAAUGAAAAGUUUAGUUCACACAACUGUGUUGUGAUCCUUUUAAAAGAGCCAGAGCUGCCUUUCAGGAAGGGAGCAGAGGAAGGGCAACAUUUGCUGGCCAAUGGCUUCAAAUUUCAGUUUUCAGAAUUGGCCAAUUUUCAUUGUAUUGUAAUUAAAGUACGGUAAAUAGUAUGAUCUAAGAAAUUUAAAGGCAUAAAGACAAAGGGUCCCAAUUUAUCUCUGGACUGUAAAUGUUAUUUAACUCUAGCUACUCUCAAGAUCUGUUCUCCAGGUUGCAUAAAUUAUUUGGAUCCGACACCUGAGACGUGGACCUUCAACAGACACCCAAAUAUUUCAGAUAGAUAUUUCACUGGAUACUACCCAGAGUUCCUACUGAUGUUAAUAUCUUCAGAUUACUCAAUCCUAGAUGAGUCUAUUCAGCACUAAGAUCUACUGAGUUGAGUGGAGCUUACUUCUAGGCUAGUUUCCACUGGAGCCUAGCAGCACAAUCCUACUGUCUACUCAGAAAUAAGCCCCAUUGAGUUUAUUGAGCUUAUUCCUACGUAAAUAUAAAUAAGACGGAAGUCUAUGUCUGCGUUUAAAUUUAUCUAGAUCAUACCAUAUACAGUAGCAAUAUUUUUGAAGAAAAACUCAUAAAUAUUGCAGUGUUUACCUAAUUACUGCAUUGCACCAAUAAUAAAAAUUGCUUAUACAUUAAUUUGUUACAAUCAUCACCUUCCACAUGGUAUAAUUAUAUUAUUACCCUAAUGAUUCACAACAACAAUAAGUAAGUUGAAACUGGAAAUGUUCUUUGGUCCAAUAAGUAAUUUAACAUUAAGUAUUUAUUUUUGGGGUAGAAUGAAAGAACUUUAGGGAACCAACAGCUUAAUUUAAUAAAGCAUCACCACUUGAAUUGCUUAUAUUAUGCAGUAUGGAAGAAGAAGAAGAACCAGGUGCAAUGGGAUGAGUCUGGUUAACUUGCGUUUGUUUAUAUACUUGAAUAGUCCCUCUCGCUGUCACUGGGUCACUGCUUCAAACCAAUCCUGUAAAAAUAGAACUAAUGUCUGUCACUUCGCCAUCUGCUAGAAAAGUGUUAUUUGGGGACUUUUGUUUAUUUAUAUUGAUGUGGGUGUGGGUGUGAGUGAGAGGUUAAACCAGAUAGCUGAAUGUUUCCAGGCCUAUACAGGUCUUCUCAAAUUGUAAGUACCACAGCAGGCAUGGGAUGGCAUGCUCUGAUGCAUUUGAAAGGAGGUGUUGGAAGGCACCACAUGGUUCACUAGUGGGCCAUUUGCCAACUCCAGAGGGACCUUUUAGUGGCUGAGAUUCUUCAACAUUGAACAAUAUCAUUGAUCGAACACAAGCUGCCUAUGAAACAAGCCUCCAGUGUGACAUCAGCAGGAUGCAGGUUCACACUGCUUUCCGUUUCCCUGCACUGCUAACGCCAUUGUCCCGGGCCCCUUUUCCAAUGCUGUGGUGAGUGCUGGGCAGCCCGAAUCAUAACUGGAAUUCAAAGUGACUACCUUGGUACCUGCUUAGUGCCCGUAAAUGAGGUACCACUUACAUCUUCCACCAGCAGUAAGCCCAUUGACCUGUCACUCCAGGAAGAAUCAACUAAGAGGAGAAGGAGGUGGAGAAGGGAGGGCAGCCCUCCAACCUAUGGAAAUGGAUUCUGGCACAAGGGUGUCCCCAGUGACUUAGACUGUGGGUCUUGGCAAGAAUGCCUGCUUUGGGGAUCAAGUGAGCCAAAUGAUUUGUGCCUGCACUGUUAAAAGAUAUCUAGAGUAAUGUACAACACUUGGUGUGAAGAACAUGGAAAAGUGAUUCCCCCUCCCCAUGCUGGCUGCAGGAAUCUGGGACUUCUAGUCCAAAAAAGGAACUUUCCCCAUUGUCAUUGGUGGGCUACCACAUUUAUAGUAAGGAUCAAACAGAAACUGUACAAGCUAGCCUGAUCCUAACCAAAGUGGAAUGUAUGUGCAAACAGCCUGCAGCAGAGAGGGAGAGCAGGUAGCCCUCCAGAUGUGAAGGGAAAAGGAAUGUUUAAUGUACGUCUUGAAUUGAGUGAGGCCUUUAGUCAUUUUUAUUCCUCAUUACUAUACAUUUCACAGUCCAAACCCCAUGAAAUGUACUGUACUCACAAGGUUUCUGUUGUGUUAGGAAUCCAGUAGGGUAAGAAAGGCACAUGUCCAGUAAAGUCCUGUUGCCAGUGCAGAAUUGGAAGUGGAGCUUUUGAAAGAAGGGCAAUCUGGCUGGUAGCAAGGCUAUGUCAUCUUGCAGGACUGUCUUUUUGCUUGUUUGCUACAAAGCCAUAUCAGAAAGAGAGAGGAGUCCUGGGAAAAUGUGUAUCCUUAGCAUUUAUAUGGCCUACAAUGCUUUUUAUCCAGUGUGAACGUUUAUUAGGGUUGUGGCUUCUUUCCUUGGGAUGAGAUUCAGAUAUCAUGUCUAAGCAAUUACAGUACAACAGAGAGACAUUUGGUCUUCUUUGAGUGUAAAAUGAUGAGAUUCAGGGCAGACAAAAGGAAGUGCUUUUCAAUAAAAAGCAUAAUUGGUUGCAUUUGUUUUGCUGCCCCAGCAUGUGGCAACGAUCACUGGCUUAGAUUUCUUUAAAGGAUGGGGGUGUGGAGUAGGAAAAUUCAUGGAUGAUAGUUAUUGAAGGUCACCAGCUUUGAUAACUACCGUAUAUAGAUCCUCCAGAGUUAAAAGCUGUAUAUGCUGAAUAAUCGGUGGUUGAAGAGUUAAAAGCAUUAGAGGACUGUGACCUUUAAGGUUAUGUGUGGGCUAAUGAAAAAGAAUCAUCCAAAUUUUUUAGUAAGUAGGAAGCGGAAGUAGAUGGACCAGCAGUAUGAUCCAUCAAGUAUCUCCUUAUGCUCUUGGGAACACUUGGUAUCAUUAGUGCUACAUAGCAAGUGGCUCUAAGACUCCAAACCUGCCUUCUACAGUGCCGUGCUAAUAGGUUGGAUGCGAAGUACCAUCAUUCCCACAUAGCUAGCCCACGGGCUGUGUUGGCUGAGGGUGAUGGGAACUGCAGCCCAACAUGUCACGAACACAACAAGUUGUGGAAGACUUCUCCAAAUCACCA